UAGAAUCCCAUACUUCGGCGUCAAUCAAAUCGAAAAUGGAGUGAAAAUUUCAAUAAAGAUAAUGAUUUAUACCGGGAAUAUUUUAUAAAAUCUUUAUUGGAUUUUAUAAGUAAAAUUUAGCCUUUUUGGUGAAUCGUUAUGCCUUUUUUCACUCGGCAAAUUCACGAAAAUGCAGCGUCUCCGUGCCGCUCUAGUACAAUUUGAUUCGUCCGGUUGGGAAAUUUGCUGUAAAUCUGGCAACCCAUCUUUCUCUCUCCCUCACCAUUUGCCAAUCCGCGAGGCAUUUUUCCCAAACGCCGAAAAGAGCUGUGAAAAAUUCUCUCAAUAGUGGCUUUUAAUUGAAAGACACUGCACUAGUGUACUGCUCAGGGCAAUUUGUUGGUGGUGUAAGAGUGUUUUGGAAGCUGUUGGGCCGUCAGUAGGGAGUGAGAAGUUGAUUCAGGAUGUCGUCGACCACGUGUUACAAGUGUAACCGUCCGGGACACUUUGCCCGUGAGUGCACGUCGGGAGUUGGUGGGGCCCGUGAUAAGAUGGGUGGCAGCAACUACGGCAGGAACCGUGAGAAGUGCUACAAGUGCAACCAGUCGGGGCACUUUGCCAGGGAGUGCAAAGAGGACGCCGAUAGGUGUUACCGGUGCAAUGGCACCGGGCAUAUUGCUCGUGAGUGCAGCCAGUCUGCUGAUGAUCCUUCUUGUUACAAUUGUAACAAAACGGGGCAUUUGGCGCGCCAUUGCCCUGAGCAAAUUGACAAUCGUCAGACGAUGUCCUGUUACAACUGUAACAAGAGCGGACAUAUUUCUCGUCAUUGCCCCGAGGGUGGCAAGUCUUGCUAUAUCUGCGGCAAAGUAGGCCAUAUUAGUCGCGAAUGUGAUCAAAAUGGUGGUAGAAAUUGAGAUGGCGAGUUGUCACAUUGAAGAAUCUUCCUUCUCGCCGCUAAAAAUUUAAAAAAAAAAAUAAUAAUAAAAAUAAAAACAUUUUUGUCUCUGGAUUGGCUGAGAAGGAAUUGAGAAGUUAAGAGUUGCUAAGUAAAAAAAAAAACACUCUUAAAACAUCUUUUUUUGCGUCGUUUGUUCUCCACCUGUUUGAGAUACAAUCGCCUUUCAUUAAAAAGAAUAAUAAUAAAGAAAAAAAAAAGAAAAGAAAAUGAAAAAUUACUAAAUAUGAAUAAAGAAAAAAAACAUGAAUGAAAAAAAGAAUUAAAAAAAAUAUAUAUGGAAAUAUAAAAUGAACACAUGAGUAAAAAAAAAUUGAAGGAAGUAUGUUGUUUUGUUUUUCAUUUUUGGAUUUAUUAAAUGUAGACUAUAGGGAUCUCAGAAGAAAAAUUGUUGAAGAAGAAAGUGUGAAGACUAACCAAUACAAAAAAAAAUAGACAAAACAAAUUUGAAGAAUUGUCGAUGGAUGAAAAAAGGUAAAUGUUUUUUUUUGAUGCUCUUGUAUUUAAAUACCGAUCAUUUAUAUUUUGUACAUAGAUGAAUGUGUAUAAAAAUAAUUAGCAUCAAUGAUUGACAAAGACAAAAAAAAAUAAACAAUAUAAAAUCAA